AUGUCUGCACCUACAGAGGGCCGCCAGUCUCCUGAUCCGGAGCACCAGUCUGGAGCCCAGCUGAAAGAUCCCAUGUUCUCCGAACAUAAAGCUAUUGAAACGCGCCCGGCACCAGAGCUCGGUCUCAAAAUGGGAGAGACAAACGAUCAUCCGUUGCUUAGUAACCCUGUUCAUCGUUUGGAGAACAUCGAGGCAGGUAAAUACGGUCCUUCCAUCAGAGGUUUCGAAGAAGGACGUAUCUUUGGAGCUACGUGA